AUGAAUAAUAAAUGUAUUACUUAGGUUAAAACUUGUCUUGGGGAUAAUGGGAACAUUAAUUCAACUGAUAGGAAUGAGAGACACAGACAAGCGUAUUCAAAAGUUCUAUAGUUAAAGAGCUUCAAUUUGAUACAAUCUGAAACAAGAUUAGAAACACCUGCAAAAGAUUUAGAUGAAGCCGAACUUCCAUUAAGAGAACACUUUUAUAGAGAUACUAUAAAACGUUCGGAAACAUUCUUGAAAGUGGCAUAAGAAGAAAUGGGUAGAUAUUAGACAGAAUGGCAUUGGAAGUUUUUCUUUGAAUUCCUAUUUUAUCAUAUUGUAAUAUCUUAUAUCUAUUGUCUAGAUGUUCUAUAAUCUUUUUGGGCCCUUUAUGGUUGUAUUCUUUUGGAAAUGGCCCGGAAUGCCUCUGAUGAUAAAUAUGAGAUUUUUGAAGCAUCAUCCUUAGUUUUACUUUUAACUACUAUUAUGGCUAGGUUCUUUAGCAGGAGGUUAUUGGUACUUAUUUGAUGACAAAAAUAUUAUAACCUUAACUGAAGUUGUAUUUACUUAAUUUGCCCUUUUAAUUAGGGCUGUUGUAAUUGCAGCUAAAUAUGCUACCUUAAGUUAAGAAAGAAUCAAAUUAUAUAAAUAGUAAGUUUUAAGUGAAGAAAUCUUUACUUUUGAUCUAAUGAUGUGGGAUUGGAGACUUCAAACUCCUAAAGUUUUAUUUCUAGAACAAUUGAGAUUUUUAAAAAGAAGAGAGUUGGAUCCAGAUUUUUAUAAAAUUGAUUUCUUAUGUUAACCACAUCUAAAGACAGUAAAAGAGUUGGUAUAAGUAGAUGUUGGAUUUUAUUCUGAGUGGUUAGAAUAAUAAGAAGAAUCGUAAGUUGCACCGAUUAUAGACAAUACAUACAACUGCUUUUUUAUAUUUGGGUAUUUGAUUAAUUCAUAUCAAAAAAAACAUACUCCAGGAGGAUUUUCAAGAUAUGUUGUUGUAUAAUCAUUAAUAUUAUCAUUGACACCUUGCUUUUUAAGAUUAUAAUACUUUUAUGAGGCAGAUGUUGGUGCCAUUGAUAUUACUAGAAUAGUAAUAAAUAUAUUGACAACUUUCUAAGGAUUCUUUGGAUCAUUUGUAUUCUUAUAGAUUGGACUAUAUGAUUUAUAAAGAAAGUUUUUUCUUUUAGAUUAAUGCUGUUAUAUGUUGAAUAUAAAAGAAUAAAAAUAUUCAUCUGGCAAAAAGUUAUUACCAACAAUUAAUUUUAAUAAUCCUAUCACUUUUUAAGCGUGGUCCAUGUUGAGAGGAAUGGCCUUUGAUUAUGGAAGAACAUAUGAUUUCAGAAUUCAAGGAUUUUAUUCAUUGAUUUUUAUAGGGUGGAUAUUUUUAUUUUUGUUUGGUAUAGGGGUAUUAUUGGAUUUUAUUCAAAUAGAUUACUUUUAAAUUACAUUAUUAUCAGAAAUGCUAAUUAUUCUAACUGGAUUUAUUGGGUAUUAUUUAUGGCAUGGAGCCAGAUUAAAUGAAUAUUAUGAAACAUUUGAUAUUUUACUUGAAGAUGUUAGAAAUAUGUAUGUAGAUAUGCUUAGAAGAAAAGAACAAUAUUUUAUUUUAAAUUUGGAUAUAACUAAUGCCAUUCACAAAAAGUUUGUAAUUUUGUUGAAAAAUGAGACUAACUCAAUUGAAACCAUAACUUAAUAUAUUAACUUGAUAAUAGAAGAAAUUGAUGAUGCAAUUAGAUAAUUGAAUUAUGAUAAAAGACAUAACCCUUUUAAAAUUUAUGGCAUUCGAAUAACUUUAAACUUUUUGUAAAGUUUAGUAGUUGCUGUGUUUACAUUUGUUGGUUAUGCUGUAUAAUAAAGAAUGCAAAGUACAGACACAGCCUGUCUUUAAAAUUGA